AUGCGCCUGUGGCGCAACGAGUUCAUCUCUGUCACGGCCGCCCACAAGGGGGAACGCCUGAUGACUAACCUGCUGGCGCUGCAGUCCCAGGCGACCAGCGACAGGCGGGGGGCGCUGACCGGCAACGUUCUGCUGCUCUACAGCAGCCUCAAGCCUGACGAGGCCUUCCUUGACGGCAUGAAGGCCCACGACGCGGCGGUCAUGCUCAAGAACAAGCUCGACGACAAGCUGGCCCCCCUGGCCGCGCAGUGGAAGCGCUCGGGCACAGGCACGACUCUGGAGACGCAGUUCGGGUGGCUGGCGGAUCUCCCUGACGCUUCGCAGGUGCGCCCGCCGCCGCCCGGCGCGCCCGCGGCAACCGCGCGCGAGUUCGUGGUCGGCGGCGGCUUCAAGGGGGCUCGCUGCCUGCUGCCCUUCAAGCACGUGUUCGAGGCGUGCCCGGGGUACCAUGUCAUCAGGUUCGACAGCAACGGGCCCCCGACCUUCGACGUGCGGCGGCGCCCCAUAGUCGGCGGCCAAAUAGCGUACCACGCGCAGCCCUGCGAGGGCGCCGCGGCGGCGUCGCUGGCGGGCAACGCGGGCGCCAAGCUGGGGGCGCGCUACUUCAGCUGCGCCGCGGGCGCGGCCUGCCGGAAGGCGCACAGCCUGAUCGAGAUCCUGUACCAUCCG